GCAGUUAUAGAAGGGGCCAGUGCUGGGGAGGAGCACCUGCCACCAUUACCAUGAAGCUCGCUGGUGCUCUUGUGUUGCUUGGGGCUGCCCUGCUCCUGACCUCAGGGGGAGACUGUGGCAUUUGCCCGGCUAUAAAAGAGGAUCUUGAGCUUUUUCUUGGCCCAUCUGUGGAUGCCUAUGUCAACUUUGUGAAGAAAUACAAGGAUGACAAUUACACGCUGGAAAAUGCUGAAAGUCUGAAGAAAUGUACUGAUAACAAGUUGACAGAGCAAUACAAGGAGAGUGUACACAGUUUGCUGGCGAAAAUAGAAGCUAACAGUAACUGUUGA